GUCAGAUCUCUUUUCUUUCCAAUAAAGAAAACAAUAUCAGCCGUCAGAUCUGCUCAAGGGUUUUACCCAGAGACCACAGUCUCUUGUUGGACUCGCGCGCCUCUUUCUGCACUUCCUCUUUCUUUUUUAUUUAUUUACAAGAGCUGUAUUCUUAUUCUCCCGCACCUUCUGCUUUACCGUUUUUUGAAGAAGAAAAAAAGAAGACAAGAAUUGAGGAGGUCAGAGGUGAGGAUCAGCCGAACUGAGUACCCCAUCCAUGAUGUCUGAUUCAUCCAAACUUCAAGAAAAAGAUACGAGGAAAAAGGGAAUGCCGUCUGUAUCUGGAACCAAAGAAGCAAGUAGUCAAACUUCAGGUGUUUAUUAUCCACCCACCAGCUGUUAUGAUUACCACUAUCCCGGAUACAGCAGCACCUAUCCUCAAUCUGAUGAAAAAGGUUAUAUAAACUCUGUAGGCAGUGCUUACACAGGUAUCCAACCGGAUAAUUCAUUCCUAUAUUACCUUCCCAGCUAUGGCACAUAUACUCCUGCGUACGGAUCAGAAUACCUUCAGCAGCUUUGUUCAUAUGGAUCAGAAACCUUCCCAUGCUACACAUAUGAUUUCGCGUACACGAAUGGUUUAACGGGCCCUGCUGCUAAACCUGGCCCAGCAAGGUCUGGGGUGGGCCCCAGUGGCUCCAGGAACUCAGAUGGAUUUACUGCUUCGAAAACUAAUAAUAGUCUCAAGAGCAAACUUUUGGAUUUGCCUUUUAAUUCAGCAACGCAACAGCCCGUCUCUCAUAGGUCAAGGUCUAUGUAUCAGAAUUAUACAGUUAAUCCACUAAAUGAGGUAGGAUCUAAUCUCCAGUCUUCAGGCUUCAUGAGGGGAUUAAAUGGUGCUGGAAAAUUCUCAUCACUCGCAAACCAAAGUCCCGGAUUAUUUACGCAGUACAACCCAAUAAGUUAUACAUCAAAUGACAAAUUAUGGAACGACAAUAACAAGUACAGGUCAAAGGAAAAUACUGGGAACUUUGUAGAAAUCAACAAAGCAGUAACGGAUCUUACCCGUGGCCCGAGGGGCGAAAAUAAGAUUAAUUUCACAAAUUUGCCAUCUGAGGUUGAGCAACAUGCUUUUGCUGUAGACAGGAGCAAGUACAACUCAAAAGAGUUUCAGACCGAUUAUAAUAAUGCAAAGUUCUAUGUGAUCAAGUCCUAUAGUGAAGAUGAUAUUCACAAGUGCAUCAAGUACGAUGUUUGGUCGAGUACGCCAAAUGGCAAUAAGAAAUUGCACGAUGCAUUUUGUGAAGCGGAUGCUAAAGUGAAAGAGACAGGUGUACGAUGUCCGGUCUUCCUAUUUUUUUCGGUUAAUGGGAGCGGACAGUUUGUGGGUGUAGCGGAGAUGACUGGGCAGGUUAAUUUCAGCAAAAAUAUGGACUUUUGGCAGCUUGAUAAAUGGAAUGGUUUCUUUCCUAUAAAAUGGCACAUAAUUAAAGAUGUCCCGAACGCACUAUUAAGGCACAUUACCCUUGAGAACAAUGAUAACAGGCCUGUCACUUAUAGCCGGGACACUCAGGAGAUUGGAUUGAAACAGGGGUUAGAGAUGCUGAGCAUUUUCAAGAAUUACUCUGAAAGAACAUGUGUGCUUGAUGAUUUUGAGUUUUACGAAAACCGCGAGAAGGUCCUCAAAGCGAAAAGAGAGGCUCGAUCGGCUUCACAAACAAAUGAUUUGAAAAAUGGCGAUCAUGAGAAAGAAGGGGAAAAGUCGGGCGAGGCCAACAAGACGGGCGUUUCAUCUCUGGUCUCUCUAACAGAGAACCUAUCUCUUAAUAAUUCCGAACAAGUGAAGAGUAGUGUGUGAUGAGUGCAGUCUGAAGUGCACUUCAAAUUCCAGUUGAGUUGGGAUGAUUAGUGCAGAAUUUAAGAUUUGUAGGUUUUUUGUGCUUGUUUCUCGGUAAAGAACUUCGCUGGCUUUGGGUAAUCCAUUGUUUGUGAGUGUGGGGGUGAGUACGGGUGUUAUGUUUUGUUUUGUUUUCAUUUAAUUUAAUUUUUUUUAUUUUUUUUUUUAUUUAUUUAAUUUUUUUNUCCUUUUUGAAACAGUUGUUGAAAAUCAGUUGUUGAAAUCUAUAGAUGGCAUAUUGUGGAAGUUUGAUUGGUGAAGUAGAAAAAUGGAAGCGAAGUAGAAAAAGU